UAGUUUUGCUUUUCAUUUAUUAUAAAACACAUUCAGACGCAGAUUCAGAACGACUGUCGCCCAGUUUAAAACUACCAACGUGUCUUCACUGCGCCUAGAACUCCUCCAUUGUCACCAACGAAGCUGACAAAGGCAGCGCCCAGUCGCGUCGCGUCGUUCCUCUGAUGUCCGUGAAUACUUCCUGGUCCAAAGUUGUGUGUACACAAAUCAAAGUCAGUUGAGCAUGUAGUGGGAUGGUGAACUCACAUUACGGAAAUACACUUCAACGGACACACACACUUCUGUAAACUGAGGGACAGAGAAGAGAAGUUAAAUAAUUCAUUCCUCAGUGCUGACGCUUUGCAAACAUGAUACGAGCAGAUGAACAUCAUUUACGCAACGGAACCCUGAAGUCUCAUUCUGACCAGAAACAACAGGGAAGCAACAGUUUGAAAAAUGGAUAUCACGCAACUGAAAAGGUGCAGAAAAAUGGCAAGGGAGACGGUUUUCAUCAACCUCGAGUUAGGGGUGAGGAUUCAUUUGAGGAGGCCCCCAUGUGCGUGGCUGUCCUGACAUACAUGGGUUAUGGAAUCGUCAUCCUGUUUGGCUAUUUCAGGGAUUUCUUAAGAGCUGUUGGCUUAGAGAAGUGCCAUCAGGCCCAGGAGAGAGAAGAGCAAAAGGACUUUGUUCCCCUUUACCAAGAUUUUGAAAACUUUUACAAACGGAACCUGUACAUGAGAGUCAGGGAUAACUGGAACCGGCCUAUAUGCAGUUUACCCGGUCCGGUUUUUGAUAUCAUGGAAAGGGUCUCAGAUGAUUACAACUGGACUUUCAGGUUAACAGGGAAAACCGUUGAGAACGUCAUAAAUAUGGGCUCCUACAACUAUCUGGGUUUUGCUGAAAACAAUGUCGACUUCAUGAAAACCGUAGCAGACGAGACCAGACAGUACGGGGUGGGCGUCUGCAGCACAAGACAGGAACUAGGCAACUUUAGCAUCCAUGAGAAACUGGAGCGACUUGUGGCGGAGUUCUUGGGGGUGGAGUCUGCAAUGGCGUUUGGAAUGGGUUUCGCCACCAAUUCCAUGAACAUUCCGGCACUAGUCGGAAAGGGCUGCUUGAUCCUGAGCGAUGAGCUAAAUCACACAUCCCUCAUCCUGGGAGCCAAGUUGUCGGGGGCAACCAUUCGAGUCUUCAAACACAACAACAUGCAGAGUCUAGAAAAGCUGCUGAAGGAGGCGAUUUGCUCAGGUCAACCUCGUACCCAUCGCGCCUGGAAGAAGAUCCUCAUCAUGGUGGAGGGCAUUUACAGUAUGGAAGGCUCUCUAGUCCGGUUGCCGGAGAUCUUAGCAUUAAAGAAGAAGUACAAGGCUUAUCUGUUCCUCGACGAGGCCCACAGCAUUGGGGCCGUGGGGCCCACAGGUCGAGGAGUUACAGAACAUUUUGGGAUGGACCCCAAUGAAGUGGACGUUCUGAUGGGCACCUUCACUAAGAGCUUCGGGGCUACUGGCGGGUACAUCGCGGGGAAAAAGGAGUUGGUGGAUUAUUUGCGGAGUCACUCUCACAGUGCGGUGUACGCUACUGCCAUGUCCCCACCUGUCGUGGAGCAGAUCAUCAGGGCAAUUAAAUGCAUCAUGGGUGUUGAUGGCACGACCGAAGGCCAGCGAAGAGUUCGGCAGCUGUCUGAGAACAUGCGCUACUUCAGAUCUCGGCUGAAGGAGAUGGGCUUCAUCAUUUAUGGCAACCAGGACUCUCCAGUGAUACCGCUCCUGCUCUAUCUACCUGGGAAAGUUGGGGCGUUCUCACGGGCCAUGUUGAAGAGGAAGAUUGGUGUUGUAGUUGUAGGUUUCCCGGCUACACCCAUUACAGAGGCCAGGGCUCGCUUCUGUGUGUCUGCCGCCCACACCAGAGAAAUGCUCGAUAAGGUUCUCCAGAGCCUUGAUGAACUUGGAGACCACAUCAGGGUGAAGUUCUCCUGUCACAGACCUUCUCAUCGGCAGGAGCUGUAUAAUGAAACAGACUUUGAACUGGACAGCUAAUCACUCAUCGUCAGCACCGUGAGUGUGAUGGUUUGUCCACAUUGAGGGACUGCCAAGGUGUGAAUACCUUGGUCAUUUUUAGAAGAAAAAGUGUCUUGCUGUUCCGCACAGGACAAUUCUUUAAAAAAAAAAAAAAAAAAGUGCAGUGUUUAUUGCUUUUUCAGGUUUGUCCUGCUAUGAGGCAUGGACUUUUGUAUUUAUAUAUUGUAAAAUCAUAUUUAAUUGUUUUUUAACUGCCAUUUCACAGUUUUGUGAAGUUUUUAAAAUUAUUUUUUCCUCAGGGGAAUGUGGGAAAAAGGGAGGAUCCGCGACGGCUGUGUUUAUAGAACAUAUAUCAAAAGCUGCUCUAAAUAUAUCAAACAAUUAACUCCCUUAACACUGACCUACAUCAAAACUAGCUGCGGAUAAGAAAUCCCUUGAAGUGGCCCUAUUUUUUUCAUCCUGCUGCAAAGAUAGACUGAUGAAAGACCUCCAUUUUGUGCUGGAUUAUGUGUUUGUGUGGUCCACAAGUACAUUGAUUGAAAGAGAUUGAACAAGGUUGGGCGUUUCAGACCCAGCGCAGCUCAUUCACAGUCGUUAAAACAUUCAUGCAUUGCAUCUCGCAGAUCCCAGUCCUGCAAAUUUACGCUGAUAGGCAUUUAUUAGUAUUUUUUGUGCAGGAAACUACUUCUAAUCUUAAAACAGUAAAAAGCUUUUAUGGACUGAUUGUACUUAUAAAUGUUUGCUUGGAAAGUUUAAAAAAGUUUUGUGUCAUUUGUUUGCAUAUUUCGGAUGCAGUACUUCUAUUCAUUUGCAUGAUUUUAGAUUUUUAUUUCACUCAUAUUUCAAAAUAUGAGAAAUCAAAACAUCUGGUUAACUAGGACUGGGAACCAAGAAUAACUUCUAAUUCAAAAACAGUUACACUUUUCAAAAAACACCGGUCCGGACCCACAUGCAGCACAACUGGUGUAGGCUGAUCAUUACUGAAGAAUUUUUUUCUUUUUAAUGAAUCAAAGCUCUGAUUCUCAAAUUGACUUAAGAUAUUUUUAGUGAAUCAGUACCAUACAUUACAACCAAUACAGUCCCAACUGAUUACCAAACAAAUGACUCUUUUGAGCCAGUUCUUUUUAGUGAUUUAAACACAUACAGCUUACUGUCUCAUGUUAUGUUAUGCUAUUCCAAAGUUCAAAAGUACUUUGUUAAUUGAACCAUUGAAAAAUCUGAUUCAUUAAGAGGAAUCAGACUCAGAACUUACAAUUUCCAUUCUUAAUUAUGACAUGCACCUCCACAUUCAGAUGGUCUCCAUAGAAACUCUAUUUACUACAGUGAACACCAAACAUAUAGUAAUUACCUCUGUGACUUUCAUAUGCUACACAAUUAUUUGUGCUAACAAGUAGUGUCUGCACAUGUUUUACCAAACUCUCUGCUUUGAAUAAGACAAAACUUAAUUGUUACGUUUGAAAGAGACGCAAAAUCGCUGUCUGAGCACUGGAGCUCAACAUGCCAACUAUGUUGCACACGGGCCAAUAUUCACCUUAAACUAGCAAUUAGUAGAGAGAUGCACAUUCCGCAGGUGUGGAGUAACCGCUUGAUUAAUGCUGGGAGGAAUCAAGACAGAUAGUAAAUGCUGCAGACAGAUGGGGUCUAGUCUACACUUGUUUCACUCAUGUUUGAAACAAUGUUUGUUAUUUUAAGAAUACCAAC